AUGUCAUCUUCCAACAAGAGAAUUGCAUUGCUUGCACGUGUUGAGCCAAAGGUGUUCUUCGCCAAUGAGCGUACGUUCUUGUCAUGGCUCAAUUUCACCGUUAUCUUGGGUUCUCUUGGUGUUGGUUUGUUGAACUUUGGUGACCAGAUUGGCCGUGUUUCUGCUGGUUUGUUCACCUUCAUUGCCAUGUUGACCAUGGUUUACGCUUUGGUGACCUACCACUGGAGAGCAAAGGCUAUCAGAAUGAGAGGAACUGGUCCAUACGAUGAUAGAUUUGGUCCUACCAUGCUAUGCAUUUUCCUAUUAGUUGCGGUUGUGGUCAACUUCAUCUUAAGAAUAAGAGCAUAG